UGGCUGAACAUGGGCGGAGUCAUUAUUUUCUUCUGAGAAAGAAAGACUCAUUUCUGCUCGACCGUUGGUCGCCAUUUUGAGGACCUUUAAGGAGCUGUUAAAGUUGUAACUACGCAGUUAAUUUUUUGAGUUUUUUUUAAAUAGUACUUUCGCUCACUAAAGGAUAAAUGUCUCGAUUCAACAAUAACCGUGGUGGGUACGGGAUGAAUCAAUUUCAGCCACGCCGAGGCGGAGGUCCCGGUGGCCCUAUGCGUGGCGGCCUAAUGGGAAACCCGCAUUACCGAAACCACCCUUUCCAAAACUCCAACCAGAACCGGAGGGGAGGCAACAACCACUUCGGUGGAUCGAAUAGCCAGAAUUCCCAACAGAAGUCUGCGCAAAACCAGUCGAAGCCAAUUAUUCCUCCACCGAGCCCCGGACCGGCCCUCACCAUGAAAGGCCCGAUGGAGCAACAGAAACCACCGGCCCAGCAGGAGCAGCAGAAACAGAACCCUCCUGCGGACCAGUCGAAGACCCAGACUUCAACUCCAAAACCUGAAACGACCCCCGCUCAGGCCAACCAGAACCAGCAGAUCAAGACUCCGGCUGGGAAUGCCAACGCACCGCCGCCGCCGCCACAGCAGCAGACUCCACAGCAAAACCCGAAACCGAGUCCACAACAAGGCCAGAAACCCGCACCGCAACAGAGCCCCAAGACGGUUCCGCAGCAGAGCCCGAAACCCGGUCCCCAACAGAAUCAGAAACCCGGCCCACAGCAGAACCAGAGACCCGGUCCACAGCAGAACCAGAGACCCGGUCCACAGCAGAACCAGCGGCCUGGACCCCAACAGAACCAGCGGCCUGGACCCCAACAGAACCAGCGGCCUGGACCCCAACAGAACCAGCGGCCUGGACCCCCACAGAACCAGCGACUUGGUCCCCAACAGAACCAACGGCCCGGUCCCCAACAGGCCUCUAGACCAGGCCAACAACAGGGCCAAAGGACUGGUCCCCAACAAGGCAACAAGAGCGGCCCAGGCCAGGGUUCGGGCCCUAAGCCGCCCCAGAGGGUGGAACCAAUGGCCGAACAGAAGCCGAAAGAGGAGCCCAACAAGAGCGUACCAGAUGAAGCAGGGACAUUCAAGGCAGCCUUGUCCAUGUUGUUGAAGCCUGGAGAAAAGUCCUAUACACAGAGAUGCCGUCUGUUUGUUGGUAACCUGCCAAAUGACAUCACAGAUGAUGAUUUCAGAAAACUUUUUGUGAAGUAUGGAGAACCUUCGGAAGUCUUUGUCAACAAAGGAAAAGGCUUCGGCUUCAUCAGACUGGAGUCUCGGGCCCUGGCAGAAAUCGCUAAAGCUGAGAUGGAUGACUAUCCGAUGAAGGGCAGACCGCUUCGUGUUCGUUUUGCUACACACUCUGCUGCGCUGUCUGUGAAGAAUCUUUCUCAGUUUGUUUCCAACGAGCUCCUGGACGAAGCCUUCUCUCAGUUUGGCCUGGUCGAGAGGGCUGUUGUUGUCGUUGAUGAUCGUGGACGCUCUGCAGGGCGCGGCAUUGUGGAGUUUGCUUCCAGAGCUGCUGCUAAAAAGGCUCUGGACCGAUGCAACGAGGGCGUUUUCCUUCUCACAGCGUCGCCCCGUCCUGUAGUUGUUGAGCCUCUGGAGCAGUUUGAUUGUGAUGAUGGGCUUCCUGAGAAAUUCGUCCAGAAAAACCCAAAAUUUCAAGUAGCGCGUGAGCAUCCUCCACGCUUUCCCCGCCCCGGCUCUUUUGAAUUUGAAUAUUCAAAACGUUGGAAGUCUCUGGAUGAGAUGGAGAAGCAGCAAAGGGAGCAGGUGGAGAAGAACAUGCGUGAAGCUCGCGAGAAACUGGAGAGCGAGAUGGAAGACGCUUACCAUGAGCAUCAGGCCAACAUGCUGCGGCAGGAACUGCUGAGGCGGCAGGAAGAGCUGCGGCGCAUGGAGGAACUGCACAACCAAGAAAUGCAAAAGAGAAAGGAAAUGCAGCUCAGACAGGAAGAAGAACGGCGCCGACGGGAAGAAGAGCUUCUCAGAAAGAGGGAAAUGGAGGAACAGAUACGGCGUCAGCGUGAAGAAAACUACCGAAUGGGAAACUUCAUGGAUAGAGACGUUGACAUACGGAUGCACACCGGUGGCUCCCUGGGCAUGGGAGACAUGGCCUUCAGCGGAUCCAACCAGAACUUUCCGAUGAGUGGCCUCGGCUUUGAGGGUCAGUCUGGACUGGGAUCGUCUCCAGGAGGCAUGAUGACCAGUGAAAUGCAGCGCAGCGAGCGCUACGCCCAGGGCGGCGCUAGAGGAAUGGGCGCUGGUGCCGCAGCGUACGGCCGCGUCCGUGAGGAGUUUGAUGGCCCCAUUAAGAAACCCCGUUUUUAAACGCUGCGUUUUGUUCCAGCAGCACCAUUUGUAAAGCUACUCCAAGACGAACAUGUUGAGUCACAAUUAUUGUAUUUAAGUUGAAUCUGUUGCAUCAUUUUAUCCAUUUAAUUGAUUAGUUUUAUAAUUAAGUCAAACCUUUUUUUUUCUUUUUUUACUUUGUAUUGCCAUUAGUGUAGAAAGGUCACCCCGGUGUGAUCCAGUUGUUCUUUCAGACCAUGUAUCCUUUUCAUUUCUAGAUGUGUUAUUCUGUGAAUCGUCGUGAAGUGAUAACUGUAACUUUUCUGAAUCUCCUAUGGCUUUGUUUGUGCCACAAAAUACUAUUUGGAGUUGAAACGUGACUAUAAUAAAGACAAACUGGUUCCAUCAGGACAAACCUUUAACAUUUAUUCCUAAACCUCAAUUCUGAUUCCACCAUUUUCCUACAGCAAGGUGACAACAGAAGAAAUACUGCAGUAAACCAAUCACGUUGGGUCUGUGAGGGUUUCAUGACCACAUACACAUGCAGUUCAGUAUUCAGUGAAGUUUCUCAGUCGGUCCGGCUGUUUGGUCACACUCACUUCUCUUUAGUUUGCUGAUUGGUGUACAGCAGAUCACUCCAUUGAACUCUGGUAUCUCUGCUUUCAGAAUCCCUCAUUCCCAGCAGGUCUGUGAUUUGGUGAUGGAUUGACUGUAACGCUUCGUUUCAUUGUGUCAGUGUUUGCUGGAAGAGCUCAAUGCCUCUAAUGUGCUCAUGACCUUUUCCACAUAUUUCUGAAAGGUCUUAUGAUCUAUGAGUCAGAGCAGUUUCAACCAGUUUAGUUUUGCCUGAAUGUUAAGAGUUUAUUCUCCUCAGGAGGCUGUGGUUACUGUCAAAAUGGGAUAUUCCCAAAAAAUAUUAUUUUUGUUCUUUGAAUUUAGUCACACAAAUUACAGCUCAACUAUGACUUUACUAAAUUACUGCCAUCUUAAGGGCAACAAGUCCCACCAGCUGCCUUUGGGUGGCGGCAGACGCGUCAAACUGUGGCGCCUUGUGACUAUUUUUGAAUCUGUUUUAUUCAGAAACGUCACAAUUAUUCAGAAAACCGUGCAAAUAUGAACUCUAGCAACCGGUUCUGUGUUAAGAUACUCCAGCACGGUUUGUGUGUUAAAUCCCCCAGAUGUGACCCUCUGCUGCGGUUUUCAUCUUUAUUCUACCUCUUAUUUCUCUGACACUCAGUUUUAAAUGCACAGGAGUGAAUUCAUACAUUUUCUUUUUGAAGACAACUUGUUUGUUCUUUUAAUAUACAUUUUUAUUGCUUAAAAUAGAGUACAAUUCAAAAUUACUUUCUUUGUAUGAAAACUUUAAGUUCGAAAGCGGAUCAGAAAUAAAACAUUUCACAUUAACUUUUAAAAAUUGAAUGGUAAACCCCUUCCUUCUACGUUGCACUUCAUUUUCAGUCUCAAGUUUGAAGUAUGAAAAGAAUUUUCAUAAAAUGGAUAUUUCUUUGUUUUUUUUUCUCCCCUCCAGGGGGUCUUUUGUGGGCUCUAGUGUCCUUUAUUCGAAAGUAGGCUGACAGGAAAGGGAGAAGCAGAGGGGGGAAGACAUGCCGCAAAUGUUGGGCGGGUCCGGGAAUUGAACCCGUGACCGCUGCGUCGAGGACUGAAGGCCUCCAAAUGUGGGUCGUGCUGUCCUCUACGCCACCACAGCACGCCAUUAAAAUGGAUAUUUCUAAUCUAAAAUCGUGUAUCAUAUGCCAGAUUCUGUACUAAAAAUCAAAUGUUUGUCUUUUGCGAAGAAGGGGAGAAUUUUCCCCGUUAGCAGCUGAGUGAGCUCACUGCAUGUAGCACUGGGCAUUCGUCAACAGCUCAUUUAUUGCCUUAGUUUAUUGAUUAUCUGGAUCCCAACAACAGACUUGAUGACACUUUCUGUGUCUGGACUUGCAUUCUUUGUCCUUCUGUGCUGCGUCCAACUUUUCUUUCUCUUACUGUGAGAAUCGCUUUAGUUUUGAUGUCCUCCAGUUUACAUGAACCUGAUUUGAUAUUUUUCUUUUUACCAAGUUGCCAUGUUGUGACCUGUUGUACACGCAUUCUUGGCACUCAGGUUUCAUACGGUUCUGCAUGUAAAUGUCGUUAUUAGUCAAUUUUGAGUUUGGAUCGAUACAAUAAGAGUCAUUUAUGAAGAUAAAGUUUCUUCACUUUAGCAAAUUUGCCUGAAAAUGUAAAACAGUUUGUUUCAAAGGCAAAACAACUUGAUCCCAGUCUGCAUCCUUUAAUGAGCAGCACUGAUCUUCUGUCUGGAUAGAUGGUAGAACCCAUUAUACAGCAGAAUAGUUUAGUUUUUUUCCGUUAAAAAUGAUCUUUCAUUCAUUGUUUGAGUGGUCGUACCGUGAACAUAAAAACAAAACCAUAAACAGAAAACUCGGUAUGAAUGUUUUAGUUACUGAGUAUCCUGGUGUCAGUAUUUAAUGAGGAAGUUUCUUUUUGCACUGCCAGACUUUGCCUAAAUAACAAUGUCGGAUUCCUCGGUUGUUUGUGUGACACCAUUUUGAAUAUCUGCUGGGCAACAAUGCUAACUGCUGGGGUGAUAAUGUGCUUCUUGUAAUGGUCUACUGUGACGAGGAGAAAAGGACGCACAAAUAUCAAUUUCUCAGCAGAAAUAUUGGCAUUUAUUUUAGACUUUGUUCCUGAGGGAUCAAUUAUUCUCUCUGGUUAAAACAGCAGAUGUCUUCUCAUUUAAGAACAAGUGUUGUUCUUCUGCUCGUGAUCUGACACCUUGUAUGUGUUUAGCGCCGCCUUUUGAGUGGGAGGAGUAUUGCCCUUGCUGCUUGGUACUGUUAUAAAACUCUGGACUGUAGUCGGGUCUUCACCGGGUCCUUACUGGCCGUCAUGUCCAGAAAACAAUCUUUAUUUCACUCAGCUUUCAGAGUGGAGAACACUAGAAGCUGGCGUCUUAACUGCAGUUUCCUGUUCAUAGUUUAACAUCCUAAAUAGUUAUGUGGUCAGAAUAUAAACUGAAUAAAUCCAGACUGAAUUUCUAAACAUUGAAAAGCAGGUUGGAUUUCAACUUUCCACCCUGUGAUAAAAUAAUUUUACUGCCAGCUUUGGCCUCUAAGCACAAUUAUGAAUUAAGGUCCUUCAAAAAAAGGGUUGUUAAUUUUUAAAGAACCUGAAUCACAUCUUUUACUUUGGACUUAAAUUCAUACAUUUGUCAGUUUGGACAGUUGACCACUGCUGAAGAGUUUUUAUUUUUAUUUUUUUGUGAAAACCCAAACUUGGUAGGUUUUCUAUUUUUUGGCAUGAGGAUCACCUGUGAUGGGAUCCUGGCUUGAAAACCCAGAAGUUGGAGAGGACAUGUAACCAACCUGUAAACAUCCCGUUUUUUAAAAAGGUAAUGUAUCUUUAAGCUUUAAUAUCUAUGGAAAUAAUAAAAUCCCAUAACAAAUGUCUGCUGCCUUUUGGUAUUUAUCAACUAUUAUUGGAGAUCUAUGGCGACUAAACUUGAGAUUUUUUAGCCUUUUAAUAGAUUGUGAAUAAAAACAUGGUGCCAUUUUAAAAAAUUAAAAUAAAUGUUUCACAAAUCGUCUUGUCCAUAUUUAAAAAGUGUUCUAGAUAAUCUUUGACACUUUCAUAACUACUGACAACUUUUGUCAGAGCCUGAAUAACAGAAAAGUAAAUUUACAGCUAAUCCAAAAGCUGUUCAAACCCCUGGCAGUUUUAAUGUUGACAGAAGUCUGCUUCUGUUGGUAAAUCACUCAAAAUUGUCUGAUUGGGUCACAAAGAAAACCCCAAAUGCAUGUUCCUGUUAUUUCAUGAUGAACAAUUGAUAAUACAGCAGUUAAAUGCUUUCUGUAAUUGUCAAUCAGUUGUUUACAUUGUUUACUCUGAGCAAAUGUUAUUACUACCAGUUGGUACAAUGAAGAUUAACCCUAAAUCUUAAUCUGGCUGGGGUAUGAAUAAUUAUGGACCUGCAUGCCUUAUGGUAAGCUUUUUUCCAUAUUGAUUCCCAUUUUGUUCUGAACUCCAAAGGGAACUUUUAAACGAUUCAGAUGUCAGUUUUUAGACCUUUUUAUUUUGUCGUUUUUAUCUGAUAAACUUUUUUUCAGCUUUUUAAAUUUAUUUGAUUUAAUUGAAGCUAGAAGAUGAGAAACACCAGUUCACAACACGUCGACUCAAUGCACUUCACCAAAAAAUGUACUUUCAAUUCAGUCAUACACUUUCCACGUUAAUUAAAUCCAAUCUAGUUGAACCCAGUUAUCAAACAAUCCACCAAGUUUAGAUUAUUGGUUUUCUAUCUAAGGAAAUUCAACAGAUUGCAUCAGAUUGACUUCCACCAUUCACUCCUCCUGGAUGAGGAUGUAGCAACAGUGAAGAGGGAAAAACUCCCCAAUAACAGGAAGAAACUUCCAGCAGAACCAGAUCCAGACUCACUCUGAAAGUCCGUCUGCUACGACCGAUUGGUGGUUUGGGAAGACAGAACACACACAAACCCACAUGAGCACUGAUUCAGGAGAACUUUCUUCAUCCGUCCGUUAUUUUACAUAAUCUUCCCAGUCUGGGUUGCGAGAGGUGCUGGUGUUUAUCUCCAGUGGUCAAUGGGCGAGAGGCGGGGUCACCCUGGACACGUCGCCAGUCCAACACAGAGACAGACAGGACAAACAACCAGGCACACACACAACCACACCUACAGAGAGUUUACAGACCAAUUAACCUGACAGUCGUGUUUUUGGACUGUGGGAGGAAGCCGGAGAACCGCAGAGAACCCACCAUGUACAGGGAGAACAUGCAGAAACACCCCGGGCCGGGGAACCCGGGACCUUUUGCUGUAAGGCAACAGUGCUGCCAACUGCACCACUGUGCAGCGGAGGGCUUUCUGUUGGAGAAAAGUAAGACAUUAAUGUCAGCAGUAGCUCAUUUAGAGGCUUCAUCUGGGAGAGAAAAAGCCAAAGAGAAUCUCUGAGCCUCUUUUACAGGCUAGAGGAGAACGUUUAGAGCUCAACUGAACACAAGACCAGGUGUAGAUUAUUUGAAGAAAAAAAAAGAAUGCAAAGUUUAAAGCUGACAUGACAGCAAAUAAUGUAAAUAGGAGAGUAGUAGGAGAGUGAGGUCAUUUUGAGCGCCAGCAGCCUCAGUCUGCAGCAGCUUAGCUACAGAGAAAACCCAGGAUAAUCUGAAUCCGGCCAUCAGCUUUACUGAGCAGGACAGUUUUAAGCCCCCACUUCAAAGUAGGAAUUGUGAUAUUUAAACAUAAGAAUGUUUAAAUGCUGCAUCCCAAAGAUUAAAUCAACCUUGGAGUUUAUAACGGGUAAGAGAUUAGACAUUUUUUCAGACUUAAUGAAGGCCUUAUUUUCAACCUAACUCAAAUCAUAUGUGAUUUUUAACAUUGGAUAAAUGUGGCUUGUUCUGCUUGGAUGUUACAUGUUUGUGUUGUAUGAAUGUUUUCUUUAACAGGUCUGACCAGCUGUACAGGUUUUGAACUGUAAGACAUUGUAACAUGGAUUUAAUUCAUAGAUCCAAGCAGCAGAGGUGCUUUAUUUUGUAGUAUUUCUGCUUAUUUCAACAAGGACGAAUAGCUUUAUGGUAAGAUGAUUUUACAAGAUCAACAGAUUGCUGGGAUUUUUCUCCUGAUCUUUCCUCUGUGAAAUGAUUUCCUCUAUUUCUUUCAUUUUCUUUUUUUUAUAGUAUCACAAAUAUUUAGUGGUUUAUAAUUAAACAUAUAUCCAAAGUUCGAAGAAUAUGCUACUUGUUUUUAAUGCAAUUUUGAACACAAGUCCAUUUGUUUUGUCCAAUGUACUUAAAUCUUAUUGGCUGAAAAAGCUGAAGUUUGAGUUUCUGGAUGAAGUUGUGGUGCUAAUUUUCACUUCCUUCUGUUUGAGUAGAAAUCCUCAUUUUCCCCCACAGCGUUAAUUAUUGUUUGCAAAAUGAGUUAUGUAAAUAUUUAUGAUUUAAUCUGGUUCAUUAUUUAAAUUCAGCAUCACCAGAUUAAUACUUAAGAUGACUUGCAAAAUAAAGGUUAUUCCUACCUUGGAAUACCUUUUUCACAUCCUUCCAUAUAAUUUUCUAAUGAUAGAAUAGGCAUUGAUGCAGUAAUUGAAGGAUGUUCGGACAUCUUGGAGUGUUAACUUUUAAAAGGCGUCUUGAAUCACAAACUGAAAAGCCAAAUAAAACUGCAUAUAUCCAUGUUUAGCUUUUCUUUUUACAACAAAACAGAAAGCUAUCAUGCAUAGCAAGACGUCAGUCAUAGUACUGAUUUAGCUAAGUUGUGUUUUUGUAUUGCUGUCUCUUUGUUGGUGUUGUAUACAAUUUGUUCUUCUUUAACAGGUUUGAUCAUCUUUAAGAUGUUGGACUGUGGAAAGGAACCAAGAAAGUCUGUAGCUUCUGCUGGACCGUAUUAGUUUAGUCUGUAUAGUGAAGAAAAUAGGACCAGGCACUGAACCCUGUGGUACUCCAUAAGUAAUCCUGAUGUGUGAAGAUUUUUCAACAUGAACAAACCGUAAUCCGUCAUGUAAAUAAGAUCUAAACCAGAUUGGUGCUGUUCCCUGGAUCUCUGCGGCAUGUUGGAGUCACACAAUGGAUAUUGUGAUCUAACAGAACCAGAACCUGGAUCCAUUAUCUGAGGCCAUGAAAAUAUCAGUAAUUUUAAAUGGUAUCUGAGGAGCUUCUGGUAUGAACAUCAUAAAUGAAAGCCAGGCUCUCCAACAUGGUCAUGUGUUGAGUUCAGCCUGUCUGGUUUCCCCAGGAGGAGCAGAGUUCAGCAGGAAACGUUGCUCACAUGUAGCUGAGCUUUUAAACCACAAACAACAAAAGUAGACAUGAAAAUUGUUGUUUUUUGGCGGUAAGAGCUGAGCUCCAAAAAGCACUAGGGAAGUUAAUAAAAAAAGUUUGAACUUUUUUGUUCUCCAUAGCUUUUUCUGUCUCCAGAUAAGUUGUUUUAUCUGCUUACUGCCAAAUUACACCAGUGUGAAAGGUGUUUAAUAUUAAUUCAAUAUUGAUUUUAAGAAGUACGCAAGAUUCAUUAAGUGAAUGCAGGGAUUACUAUUAAUGUUUUAUCAGUUUAUGUAGUUUAUAUGUUUUCAUUCUGCCACAAUCGGCCCUUUGAGGACAUUUGUGAUCUUGAUGUGGCCCAAAAUUAAAGACUUUGACCCCACUGAUCUAUAGACCUCAGUGGAUUUUAGUAAGUAGCCAAAAUUCAAGCAUAAAAUGACUUUAAUCACCUGUGUGGAAAAAUGCAUUAAGUGAUUUUUAUCAACAGUGUAAGAAACUGGACUUAUUUUACAUCGGGUUUGAAUUGGGCUUAAAACCCUGUAGUUGAUUUUUACUAAGAAUUUUCUGCAGUUUUGCCUUUUGAUUAUUAUGAACAAAUAAUUUUGCUGAAGUUUUUUUUUUUUCACAUUUCAUCUUGUAAAUCUGAUUUAGCGCUGACAUUCUCAUAGUUUUACUGUAGCUCUAACCUGGAGGUUACCUUUAGUCUGAGAUGAUAUAAUUUCUGAUUUCUUACUGAAAAGUUUUGCACAAUUUGUGCAUUCUGCUUUCCAAAAGGAAAAAUGUCAGCAUCGUCUCCCGUCAGUUUAUCAUUAACUCCUGUUUACCUCCUUUGCAGAUGCCCUUUCGUUGCUCAUGUGUUGCUCUGGUAAAAAAUAAACUUGCAGAGUAUGCACUUCCCUCGUUGAUCAAAUGACAUUAAGCACUUCCGUAGUUUGGAUUCCUUUGACUGUUGAAAACCAACGUUUCCUUUUAACCCUAAAUGCUUCAUCAGCCAUGGCUGGGUUAGAAAUGAGCUUUGUUGAGGUUUCUC